AUGGAGGUGGCUCAUACCUCCAUGAUCCAUGCGGUUGCUCCCCAUUUUCUGAAGUCGUUUGCGGUCCGGUACGCUGCGCAUCAGCUCAACCUCUGGCCCCGUGUCUCCUUACCGGAGACCUCGCCUACACUGCGUUGGACGGGGGAGGUUGGCGAUGCGUCGGUGUUCCGGGUCUGGGGCUCUCGUGCCUUUGUCCGUGAUACCACCGCGGACAAGCUCUCCUCUCGCGCCAUUCCCUACGGUCCUGCUCCUUCAGGUGUGUCUCAGGUAGACCCACUUCCCUUGGCUGAGCCUGUCGAGGUCACUGGUGACUCUGGUGCUGCUGGGGGUGGUGCUGCUAGGGGUGCUGAGCCUGGGGGUGUUGAGCCUGGCCGUGUGGAGCCUGGGGGUGCUGAGCCUGGGGGUGCGGAGCCUGGGGGUGCUGAGCCUGAGCGUGUGGAGCCUGGGGGUGCUGAGCCUGCGCGUGUGGAGCCUCGGGGUGCUGAGUCUGGGGGUGCUGAGCCUAGGGGUGCGGAGGUUGAGGGUGCUGAGCCUGGGGGUGUGGAGCCUAGGGGUGCUGCGUCUGCUCGAGGUUCUCCGGGUGCCUCGCCGCAGCGGUCUAGCCGGCGGGAGCCUCUCGCAUCACCGCAAUUGCGCGAGUGGUUUGCUCGGCGCGCCCGCCUUCGGAGUCGAGCUGCUGGAGCUGGAGACACUGCCGCUGGAGGCGCUGGAGCUGGAGGUCCUGGAGCUGCUGGUACUAGAGUUUCUGAGACACUGGAGCUGGAGGUACUGGAGGUACUGGUCCUGGUGGUACUGAUGCUGGAGGUUCCACGGGUGCCUCGCCGCACCGGUCUGGCCGGCGCGGGCCUCUCUCACCACCGCAGCCGCUCGAGUGGUUUGCUCGGCGCACCCGCCUUCGGAGUAGCGUUGCUGGGGCUGGAGGCGCUGGGGCUGGAGACGCUGGGGCUGGAGCCGCUGGGGCUGGAGGCACUGCCGCUGGAGACGCUGGAGCUGGAUGCGCUGGAGCUAGAGGCGCUGCCGCUGGAGGUACUGCCGCUGGAGACGCUAGAGCUGGAGGUGAUGGACUUGGAGGUGCUGGCGCUGGGGGUGCUGGUGCAACUCGAGCUGGGGGUGCUGGUGCUGCUGGAGCUGGAGGUACUGGAGGCGCUUGAGGUGCUGGUGAUGCUGGUACUAGAGGUGCUAGCGUUGGGGGUACUAGUGCUGCUGGAGCUGGAGGUACUGGAGGCGCUCGAGGUGCUGGUGUUUCUGAUACUAGAGCGUGUCCACUUGCCGUCUCCCCCGGUGUCCUCACUUCCUGAGGUUCCGGACCCUGAGUCUGAAUUGGUUCGUGCUGCUCACCCUACAGUCACGCAUCUCUUGGCCACUGUUGUCACUGACCCUUCUUUUGAGUCCACUGCUGCGUCUGCCUUAGUUGCUGAGCUUGUUGACUUUGCUGCUGCGUGUCAUCUAGACUACGCCGCUAGUCUUGUUGCUGAGUCUGAGUCUGUCUGUCCUCCAUCCGUCGGGGGUGAGUUUGCUCUUGGCACGGACGUCCUUGAGGACAGGCAGGAGGACUUUGAGUGUCUUGCAGCUGCUGUACCUCAUCUCGUGGCCUGGCUGCUUGCACCUGAGGGAGACCCGGAUGCACUGGACAUCCCGACCCCGCGCUCUUACGCAGAGGCGAUUAUGGGUCCCUUCUCCUCUCAGUGGCAGACAGCCAUGGACGCAGAGAUGGCAUCCUGGAAGUCCACACGCACUUACAUUGACGCAGUUCCCCCUCCUUGGGCCAACAUAGUCGACGGCAUGUGGAUUUUCAGGACCUUCUCCCCUACCCCGAAGAUGACCACUCUUUGGGUGUUGCUGCACAUUGCCGCUCAGCGUGACUACGAGCUUCACUCUCUUGACUUCAGCACAGCUUUCUUACAAGGCAGCCUGCACAAGGAGAUCUGCUGCGUCGUCCUCGUGGCUUCACUAGUGAAGACGACACUUGCAGCUCUUGGGUUUGCUCCUUCCACUGCUGACCCGUCGCUGUUUUUGCGCACCGACACUUCGUUGCCGCCGUUCUACAUCCUCUUGUACGUCGACGACUUGGUCUUUGCCACUGGUGACACUGAGGGACUCGCCCUUGUGAAGUCGGAGCUGCAGAAGAGACACACCUGCACUGACCUGGGUGAGCUGCGCAGUUACCUUGGCUUGCAGAUCACCCGGGACAGAGCACGGCGCACCAUCACCCUGACUCAGUCACACAUGGUGCAGCAGGUCCUUUAG